AUGGCAAAGCCGGGUGCUGGAGAUUUGGAGGACAAGGCGAUAAAGGUUCGAGAUUACCCAUUGGAUGGACUUGCAGAAGCUUGGGACGACUGCCGUAUCGUCAGAAACCGAUUGCGAAAUGGGUUCAAUUUGCUUUGUCACCGAUGCCAUAAGCUUAAGCAGACUUUCAACACGAAAGUGGAGAGGAAUGCUCUGAAUGUGCGAGAGAAUGCAGCUGUGUUACGGCCUGUUCUUACUUACAUCGCUCGUGAGGGUGCAGCUCCGACAAUAGACCGACUUGUCGAGCAAAUCAGCAGCCUCAUGAAAGAUGCCAAAGCAGAGCUCAGUGGGCAAACUCUACAUCAACAAGCCUGGGCAAUUCGACUCCUCAUAUCACUCCUGAAGAAGAACUCUGGCAAACCAGAUCCCGUGACUCGUCGCCUGCUGAUGGAAGUGGGCUUCCUGAGCGACGAGGAGAUGACCGGCGAGGAUCCACUACCUUUGCAGAACGAGGAAGCUGGUGGUGCUGGUUUGGACGACUUGGCUGGAGUUUCCUUUGAUGGGACUCAAGCCGAGCAAGCUGGUGGUGCUGGUUUGGACGACUUGGCUGGAGUUUCCGUUGAUGGGACUCAAGCCAAAGAAGACGACGCAGCACCCGUGGCAGAGUCUCUGGUUUUUGAAGCACCCGAAGCAGAGACUCGAGUUGUGGAAGCCGAAGCAGCCGAAGCAGAGACUCAAGUGGAAACCCUUGAAGCACCCGAAGCAGAGACUCAAGUGGAAGCCCUUGAAGCACCGUUCGCAGAGACUCAAGUGGAAGCCGAAGCACCCGAAGCAGAGACUCGUGUGGAAGCCGGAGCACCCGAAGCAGAGACUCUUGUGGAAGCUGAAGCACCCGAAGCAGAGACUCGUGUGGAAGCUGAAGCACCGGAGGAGUCGCUCGAAUCUUCGAUGGCUGACAAGUGCAGUGCUGCCGAUGCCCAGGCUGGCCAUGUGGCUGAGGAGAUCUUGUCUUCUGACGAGGAGGAUGUUCGCAUGCGGAUGGAUGCCAACAUUGUGCCGCAGACGCUGGUGCUGCAGGCCAGUCCGCAGCACAGCUCCUCGGUGGCAGCAAGUGAGAUGCCUGCUGCUGAGGAUGAGUUUCCGGAGGUUACGGGGCACGAGGCUGUAACGAGAAGGGAUCAGUUCACCGUCAAGGACUCGUUGAAAGGCCAGCGAGGCCGUGGACGAGGUCGUGGACGUGGGCGGGGUGCCAAAAAAAACGCAGAGCCCGAAGGAGUUGGUUCUGCAGGCAGCACAGGGCCGGUGGAGUCGGGAUCUAGCCUCCGCAUUCGCCGGAGGGCACACAUCAAGUCGGAUGACGAGGCCGAGGAUGUGGCUUCCAAAGCUGCCAGGACAGACGAUGAUAAGACCGAGACCGGGCCCAAGGAGGGUGACGAGGAGCCGGCUGAUGCUGACGGGGAGCCGGCUGAUGGUGACGAGGAGGCAGAUCUCGACGGUGAUGGGCCCAUCCCCAAGCCGAAGAGACGGGCACGGGGCAAGGCCCACGAGGAGCCGCUUACCCGGAGUAUGCUCGAGGCUGCCCAGCACAAGACAAAGCUGGAGCUGGCAAAGAUGCAGAAGCCUCGGCCCUUGACUUUCGAGGGUGCUGUUCAUGAUCAGAACCUACCCGAUCAUGACAAUGUUCGACACGCCCUUAAGUACGAGAUCAUGCAGAACCUCGUGAUGUGCAACGAGUUUCACUCGCAGGUGAAGCACAGUCACCUCGGCGAGAUGCCUCCGCCGGUUGACUUCCUCAAGUACGAGAAGUACUGGAGCCGAUCGGCCGUUGGCAUCCGAAGGAAGAUGCGGGGCUCAAAGUUGUUCCAGCAGUUCGUGUACUUUGCACGGCCGACGGUUUGUGUUGGUACGAACAUGAUCCUCGCGAAGUAUUGUGCUGUGCUGAUGAAGGUCUUGGGCAACGAGGCGCCCAAUCAGUGCAGGGCUUUGGCCCACUACAAGGCUAUCGCUGCGACUGCACAUGCUGAUGCCGUGGCAAUCGUGGCAGUUGGCGGUUCUGCGAUUCUCCGACAAGACCCCUGGCCCAUGCAGAACUUCGCCACCGAGGCAGAGAGGUACCUCCCUGCAGCCUCUGGCCUGAAUUUGCCCGAAGUUUCCGACCACCCUGACCCAGACCGGCUUUUUCCCCGGGCUUCGCUCGGUAGAACCAUGUCGCUUGGUGGUGCAGAGACCAAGUGGUCUAGUGAACGCCUUGCAAAAGGGGCUGCUUUAGCUGCUGACCUUGCUGGGCUCGAGCUCACGAUCGACCCGUCUUUGUUGACCCGAGAAGCCCUGCUUCAGGCCAUCCAGGAGGCCAAAGCUGUGCUGAGAAAUGGGCCAGAGGCUCGCCCUUCGAAGCUGCUCGCUGUGAAGAAAGAGGCCGCUCUGGAUGUGAAGCACGAGCUCGCCCUGGCUGACACGUUGGAGAUACAGCGGCAGUUCCUUGCACCGCCGGUGGUGGGUGCAGUUCAGAACAAAAGUCCACCAGCAAAGGCAACCCAGAGUCCCCCAGCAAAGACAGUUCAGAACAGCAGUCCCGCCGGAGCCGAGAAGGGCAGUCCGCCGGCAAAGCCGGCAGCUCAAAAGAGCAGUCCCCCGGCAAAGGCCCCAGCCCAGCAGAGCAGCCCAGCAGCAAAGGCAAGCAAGGACCCACCAAAGGCGGGCACCCCAGCUGAGAAUCCACCACCGACCAAGCAGGCCGAAGCAAGCAAAGAGUCGAUCGAUGUCGGUUCUCUGCUAGAGACGAUCCGUCAUCUGCAAAGCCAGGUAGCCACACUGCAGGCAGCAAAGGCUGCCCCCGCCACCCCGGUCACGCCGCUGAACCGAAUCAAAGGAAAGACGCCGAGCCCAGCACCAUCUUCGGCCGCCACAACACCAACACCUGGCACCACAAACGACGGAGACCCAGAGGAGUCCGAGGAGGAACCGGUUAACGACGAAGACGGUAAGCUCAUGGUGGUGUCACCAGACGGAUCCAUUGCCAAGACGAGAAAAUCACACGUGGACGAGGAUGUUCGUGCUCAGUACCAGCAGGGCGGCUCAGCCCGUGAAUGGUUGGAGAUGGCCCUGUUAGAGAGUCUCCAACAGACCGGAGCAUCCAAGGCCACCUUCCGCACCACCGUGAAAGUGAUUCGCGAGAGGAUGGAAUUGAAAGAGCGGGAAAUCAGUGGGGAAUGGAUGACGGAAGAAAGGAUGCAGAAGUCCGGAGAGUAUAGCAAGCUGGAGAUCAAGUCGAUCGUCGCCUACUGCUCGAAGUUUCCGCAGGCACUGUGCCGGAAAUGGAAGUACAAUGCCAGUAUCCUUGAAUACUUCGUGGAGACUUCUACGAAGCAAGUCAUCAAACAGUCCGAACUCCUGAAACGCCACGAGAACACAAAUUUGGGAGAUGCCUGGCCGCAGGAAGGUUUUUACACCCAGUUCCCAGUGACGGAAUCUGAUGCACCACCCCAAGAGCCUGGAAGCAUGGACUGGACGAGCGAGCAAGGGCUAAACCCGGUACCCGAAACUGUGGGCACCAAGGCUGGGCGGGGAAUCGUGUUUGAGAUGACUAUACAAUGCUCACCCUUACCUGGAAUCUUUGCCUCUCGCCUUCAGACCCUGCCGGAUCUCACGAAGCUCAUGGACUCGGUUCAUGCUCAGAUGCUUAACAUCAACAAGAUUCAGAAGCAGAUCCAGGACUCGGAGACAGGGAAGUUGCCGCCACCGAAGGUUGAGUUGAUGAAGGACCUCGAGAAGAUCGACAACAACUUUAAGGACUGCUACCGCCAGCUGGCCGAUUUCAAAGUGGACCUCACCCUCCAGGAGGAGGAGGAACAGUACCGACUCCGGCCCGAGAUGUACGAUGAAAUUCUGGAGAUCGCUGUGAGAUCGCUGGAUGAUGCAUGCCGCAAAGGUGUGCUUUUGAAAUCUGGCAAGCGGGUGCACUUGGUACCACUGGGUCAAAGGGGCGAUUGGUCGUCCCGAACAGCAGCCUAUGCCGACACAUUUCACCAAGAGGCUCCUUGGAGACGGGAGCCUGUGUUCACCAGGGUUCUUAUGCACGAGCCCGACAAGAAGGAGGCUUUCCAUAAGCCAGACUUGUUCCAUUGUGUGAAUAUGGGAGUGGGCAAGACCUUUGCUGCAAGCAGCUGUGUCAUCCUCUUGAAACUGUGCCCUGGGGAGACUCCUGAUGCACAAGUCCGUCAACUUUCCAGUUGGUUCAUCCAGUAUUGCAAGGACCCGUGGUUUGCGAAGUUUGCAAUUUUGGAAAAUCGCAAGACGAGCUAUAUCCAGCAAAUAACUCGGGAGACCCUGGGAUGGAAAACUGGUGCUCAAGAUCCUCAAGGAUCCUGGAACAAGGCCGAGGUCACCACCACUAUGUGCCAAUUCGUCGAAUGGUUUUCCCGCUUCCACGAGUGCGAAAAGAGUGCCGAGGAGAGACUGCGACUGAUCGGAUCUGGGAGCCGUGCUUUGAACACGUUCAUGCGGCUUUUGUAUGCUGCUGACCUUUGGAUAUCGGCUUCGGAAGCACUGAGAAUUGCAAAGGCAGGCCGGCAUUUUUUGGAUGCUUAUUCUCGGCUGGCCCAGCUGUCACAUGCUGCUGGGGAGUUGCGGUAUGCCAUGAUCCCGAAGAUCCACAUGGUUUGGCAUGUGGUGGAGAAUAUAUACAGGCAGGCUGAGAGACAUCCUGUUGUCGAAAAUCCGAUGGCAGAAGCAGUGGCGGUCGACGAGGACUUCAUCGGCCGUUAUUGUGCUCUCACGAGAUCGGUGUCGCCGAGGACCAGGAUACUUCGUUCUUUGGAACGAUACUUGUGUCAGGUCCUGCUACUCUGGAAGCGAGGCGACAGCGAGCCGAAAAAACGAGAGAUUCAGCUCUUCCCAAUCCCAAGAGCAAGUUUCAAACAUUGUGGGCUUAGAUUCAGCUCUCGUCAAUCCCAACAGGAAGGUUCCAACAUUGUGGGGUUAGAUUCAGCUCUCCCCAAUCCCAACAGGAAGUUUCGAACAUUGUGGGGUUAG